GCAGCAGCGGGGCGCGGAGGGAGAGGUGGCCAGUUCGACGAGUUCAAGGUUUCCUCUGGGUGACAGCCCGCCUGCUUCAGUCACUGGAGUGAACAGGCGAGAAAGAAACUCUGGUCCUUGCGGCGGAAAGCCUCUGUUGACGGAGCCAAAAUGCUGAACAUGUGGAAAGUUCGGGAGUUGGUCGAUAAAGCGACCAACGUGGUGAUGAACUACACUGAGAUUGAGUCCAAGGUGCGGGAGGCCACCAACGAUGACCCCUGGGGACCUUCAGGCCAGCUCAUGGGAGAGAUCGCCAGAUGCACAUUCAUGUACGAGCAGUUUCCCGAAGUGAUGAACAUGCUGUGGACCAGAAUGCUCAAAGACAACAAGAAGAACUGGAGAAGAGUUUAUAAGUCCCUGUUGCUGUUGUCCUACUUGAUUAAAAAUGGGUCCGAGAGAGUCGUCACCAGUUCCAGAGAACACCUGUACGACCUGCGCUCUAUAGAGAGCUACCACUGCAUAGAUGAGAGCGGUAAGGACCAGGGCAUUAACGUGCGCCAGAAGGUGAAGGAGCUGACGGAGCUGGUGCAGGACGACGAGCGGCUGCGUGACGAACGCAAGAAGGCCAAGAAGAACAAGGACAAGUACAUAGGGGUCUCCUCCGACAGCAUGGGGUACAGGGGAUACGCGGAUGAGGGUGAGGGUAAGGGGCGGCGCUGGGACUCGGACUGGGAGCAGAAGGGGGCGUUUCCCUUCAGUGAGAAGGUGGGCGAGAUCAGCGGACGCAUCGGCUCCACCAUCGAGGACGCCGUCAGAAGCUUCCGCAACAAGCCCAGAGACGACUCCCCCGACCGCUUCAGCGACGCGGAAGAGGAGAGGGGGCGGGGCCAGCAGAAUGGCCAAUCCAGAGGGGAGUUCAAGGACGAAGAGGAAACCGUGACAACCAAGAGUGUGCAGAUCGUCCAGGCAACAGAAACCACGGCAACACGCAAGAGAGGGGGCGUUCCCUCCAAGAAGGUGGACCUCGGAGCAGCCGCCGCCUACACGGGAGACACUAGCCCCGCCCCCACCAGCACCAAGAAGCCAGAUGCCCCCAGCCAAUCAGGAGCCGGCCUGGUGGACCUGUUCGCAGUAGAGGCCACGCCCACCCAGGCUGCACCCGCCAGCACAGAUCUGUUUGCAGACUUCUCCUCUGCAGCAGCUUCAGCAAGUCUCCCUUCAGCACCUGUCCCUGCCGGUGAUUUCGGAGGAUGGAAUGCCUUCCCCGAUGGAGCCCCUCCUACUUCUGCAGUUGACUUGUUUGGCUCCGCCCCCGUGCCCUCUGACCCUGUGAUGUCAUCAGCGCCGGCCUCUUCGGAACUGUUCGACCUCUUUAGCCCCGCCCCCCAGACCGCCUCCAUCUCCGCUUCGCAGAGCAUCGCCUUCUCCAUGACAACGAACUACAGCAACCUGCCACAGUCUCAAUCACAGCCUCUGAGUCUAGGAGAUCCUCUGAUGCCUCAGGCGAUGGGGCAGAAGGCGGGUGGUCUGCAGGGUCCUAAAGCUGGUGGUGUUCCCGCCACAUGGUCGGAUUCCAACAUCAACAUCAGCCUGGACCUCCUCUCCCCAACCCCCCCCAAACCACAACAGCCUACCCUCAGCAUGAUGCAGCAAGGUGUGCCACAGGCUCCGGUUGGCAUGGUAACCCAGGGCUUUGCUGGCAUGAAUCUGGGCAUGCAGAGUGUCGGUGCCAUCCGGGCGCCAGGCAACCCCACGAUGCCAGGAGGCGGUGUUGCCAUGGGGAUGCCCGCCAUGGGGAUGCCGAUGAACCAGGGCAUGAUGGGAAUGAACAUGAGCAUGGGGAUGCCCAGCAACAUGGGCAUGGGGUUACCUGGCAACAUGGGGAUGGGGUUGCCCGGCAACAUGGGGAUGGGGAUGGGCAUGGGUACCAUGGCAAUGGGCGCCACGCCAGCGGCCAAACCAGACGCGUUCGCCGACUUCGCCAACUUCAAAUGAGACCAGGGGGGAGUGUGUGUGUGUCUAGUGGAGAGUGUGUAUGCGAUGAGGUCUCGUGUGACGCCUUUACCAACUUUGCUGACUUCAACUGAGACCAGAAGAGAGCGAUUGUGUGUGUGUGUGUGUGUGUGAGAGAGAGAGAGAGAGAUGGGGCCUUGUAUGUGUGAGAGUUGAGAGAGAGAGAGUGUGUGUGUGUGUGUGUGUGUGUGUGUGUGUGUGAGAGAGAGAGAGAGAGAGAGAGAGAUGGGGCCUUGUAUGUGUGAGAGUUGAGAGAGAGAGUGUGUGUGUGUGUGUGAGAGAGAGAGAGAGAGAGAGAGAGAGAGGGAGAGGUGGUGAUGGAGAGUACUUGAAGAUGAGAGAAACACAGCCAGCUGUUAAAUCAUACACAGACCUGAAUUUAUCAACACACACACAGUUCAAUCAGUGGGUAGAGGGUUGUAUAUGUGUGUGUGUGUGUAUGUGCAUGUGUGGAUAAUGAAGUAAUAAUAAUUAUUAUUUUAAUGAUGAUAAUAGUGAUUUUAAGGAAUGCACGAAAAAAUCAAACUUCUGAGAAUCUCAAUCAUAAAACCCACCCCUCGUGUGUGUGUGUGUGUGUGUGUGUGUGUGUUAGUGAGUGAGAGAGAUAGACAGAGUGCGUGUGAGAGGGAGAGAGUGUAUGUGAAAGAUCAAGUGUGUGUGUGUGUGUGUGUGUGUGUGUGCGUGUGAGAGAGCGAGGCCUCGUGACCGUGCAUUAAUCUGUCUGGUUGUGAUUGACAGCAGCAAAGAGACACGACCCUCAAAAGGAGAGAGAGAAAGGAGGGAACAGGCUGAUGGACGGAGGAGUGGAGGAGGAGGAGAGGGAAGAGAGGAAGGAGGAGUGGAGGAGAGGGAGGAGGAGUGAGGAGAGGGGGAGGUUAUUACCCACACAAGUGGCCUUCAAAUGAGUGUGUUUAUUUUUUUAACUAGAAAAGUGAGUUUCCAUCUUGUGUGUAUGCAUGACCUGCGACCUAUGAUCUUUUUUACAAAGUUUUAUUCUGUGUGUGUGUGUGUGUGUGUCUGAAAGAGGGAGAGCGUCCAGGAAGCCUUACACUGCCGUGUGUGUGUGUGUGUGUGUGUGUGUGUGUGUGUGUGUGUGUGUGUGUGUGUGUAAGAGAGUGUGUGUGUGUGUAAGAGUGUGUAUGGCGCUAACACAAGCCUUCCAGCCAAUCAAGGCGUCUCGUCUAAUCGACCAAAUUCUGCUCUUCUGGGCGUGGCCCCAGUCGUAGCCAUGGUUACUGAGAACACUAGAUUGUUAUGCAAAUUGAAGCAAGAAACAAAAUCUCCAUGGUAACCAGGUGGAACAGCUGAUUGUAUCUAAUCAUUUCUUUUACCAUAUUAAAGAGCUGAACACAUCUCAACUAA